CCUCGGUGGCGGUGAAGCUGUCGUGCUUGUGUUUUGCUUUGGCUUUUUUUCCCUUUUUGUUAUUGUUUCGUGUUACUAGAGAAGCUGAACCCGUUGAGAAAAAAGCUCGACAGUCCUAGAACUGACUUGAAGAACUGCGAGACUUCUGGAGGGGUUUGUUCUUUCAUGUUGCCAUGGAUAACACUUGGCAGGUGGAGUUUAGAAACGUGGGGAGCUGCUACUUCCCUCAGAGCAGAGUCGACUGCCACUUCACGCUAAGCUCACGCCACAAGUGGGCCAGCAGUGACUGGAUCGGGCUCUUCAAGGUGGGAUGGUCCUCUGUGAAGGAUUACCACACUUUUGUCUGGGCUCUGGUUCCAGUUGACUAUCAAGAAGGUGCAGAUGUCAACUGCUGUGUGCAUUUCCAAGCCUCCUACCUGCCUAAGCCCAGCUCCCAGGACUAUGAAUUCGUCUAUGUGGAUGCACAAGGGGAGGUGUGCUCCCGCAGCCCCAAGUUCACUUUUUGUGCACCAAAGCCGCUUGAAGAUCUGGUGACCCUCGAGGAAGAGUCUUAUGGAGGGGACGAAGGCACAGAUAUGCUGCUGGUUGUACCCAGAGCUGAACUGCUGCAGAGCCGACUGCAGGAAUGUCUGCAGGAGCGCGCGGAGCUGCUGCAGCUGCAGGAGACGACAACAAAGCAAAGGGAGAAAGAGAAGAUUGAAUUCCAGAGGGCUAAGGAGGCCUGGGAUAGACAACGGAGGGGAUUGGAACGGGAGAUCAGCAGGCUGCAGGAAGAUCUGAGGCAGAGUCGAGAGAAGAUUGUGGGGAUGGAGAGAAAGCUGGAGGAGGAGCAGCUUUUAGGUCAGUCACUCGCCCAGGAGAAAACUACUUUAAUGGAGGCCAGAGAAUCAAGUGAAAUGAAAAUCCAAGACCUUGAAGAGAACAUCAAAACCCUGACUCAGAGAGCUGUGGAAAGAGAGGCAGAUCUGGAGAGGAUCAAGGAAAGAACCAAGAGGGCAAAUGCUCUUAAAAAGGAAGAGGAGAGUGAGAGAAUGAGUCUGCAGGUCAAGCUGGAGCAGACAGAGGCAGAGCUCCGGAGUCUGUCCAAAGAGUUUCAGGGUCUGAGGAACUCCCUCGCACAGAGAGACACCAGCGUCCUGCAGCUGCAGAACACCAUCACCACGCUCACGCAGAAACUGACCAUCGCCCAGAGGAAGGAGACGGAGAACGAGGCCUCACUGAAGGAGAUGCGGAGUCUGAGGGAGCGUCUGCACAUGAGCGAGCGUGCCGCAGAGGGCUUGAAGAGCGACCUCAGUGCCAUGAUCGGACAGCGGGAUCACAGCCAGGCCGAACUGCAUCAAGCUCGCCUUCAGGCCGCCCAACUCACCCUUCAGCUCGCAGAUUCAAGUCUGGCCUUCAGGGAAGGAAAAGCCCAGUGGGCCCAGGAGAGGCAGAGCCUGCAGCUCGCUGCAGAGGUCGACCAUGAGCGUUUGGAGAAGCUGAACUCCGAGAUGCUGCGAGUGGAGGAGAGGCUGCAGGAGGAGAAGAUGGAGAGAGUGAAGCUGGAAGUGGAGCUUGGAAGAGAAAAAGACUGCAACCGGGUCCAGCUGAGUGAAACCCGCAGGGAGCUUCAGGAGCUAAAAGGGAGCCUGAGAGUUUCCCAUAAAGAGAAAGAGCAGCUGCUUGAAGAGAAGCAGGAUUUGAUGGACUACAUCUGUCAGCUGGAGCAGAAGAUGGGAACGCCGGCCAAUGCCAGCUGGGAAGCUGCACCGCUCGCCUCUUCAGCCAGUCCUGCCAGUGCGCCGUCGGACUCUGAGGACGAGAGCCCGGAGGCUUUGCAAAUCCACCAUCCACCCCAACACGUCGGACACUACAGCCUGUGCGAGCACGGCCAGCCCGACUCCCUGCACCUCGCUACCCCCCCUCAGUCCCCCAAGGAGGCAAACAGGAGACUAGUGGUCAUCAGCCAGCCUGCCCCUCUCUCUCUGCCGCAUCAGGAGGAAGAAUCGGAUUCAGUCCAGAGUGGAAGGAAGGAGUACAGAGAGGAAACGUCAUUUUCGUUGUCUCAGCACACUGCUGACGCUCUCAGCAAUAUGGCCGACACUUUGCUGUGGUAAUAGCCAACCGCGGGUGAUGGGCAUCAGAACUUCAAGUUUCUACUUUAUAGACCCACGAACAGUUCGUCCAAAACGAAGAUUUUAAUCUGCAGUUUCAACAUAUCAAACAUGUUUCUUUCCCUCGUAAUUGUUGUUAUCGACUUGGCUCUUUUUGCCAGUGGUGUCAGGUGAGCUUUUUUCUUUUUUUAUGGUUAACACAAGAAGCCGAAGCGACCGGCUCCGGGGCUGGGACCCUGGCAUUUGAGCGUCUGCACGCCGAAGCACAAUGAUUAUUGUUGAAUCAUUGUUAUGUGGAGAGCUUUACGAUAGAUGUUAUGUCAUUUUUAUGGCAAUCGUGAUUAAGAGUCACGACAGGCACUGUAAUAACAAUGUUUUGUGCGGGACCGGCUUCGGCAAAAAUCACGGGGAUCCGGCAUUAAAUUCUCCACGGCUCCUUCAGACACUUUUUAAAGCAUCAUGAAGUAAUGAUGCCGCGUCACGCUUAAAUAUAUUGCAAUAACGUUGAUCUAAGACACCAUAUUUCUCUCUUAUUUCCUCAGAUUUGAUAUGCACUUUCUUGAAGGCAUAAGCAGUUGAUUGUAGCAGCAGGAGCGAUUCAAGGGAAGUGGACGGGGUUUUGAACCACAGCUUCCUAAGCUAGUGUGUUACUGUAGACGUCACACGCGAAACCAACUCUCGGAAGCCUUUCGCUAUAGAUCAGAUGCAAUUUAUAUUUGUUGACUCUUCCUUUUCAUGACCGCUAGAAUCCUUAAGGUGUGUUUUUGAAUGCUUAACCUCAGCUUAAUUUACUGAUUCAACCAUGCAGUUCUAGAUGUGUGCCUAAAGAUGAAACGGGGACAAAGUCAUCCGGAUUUAAGGCAAUGCCUAAUAAUGUUUAAUCAAUACUGUAUGCAUUUUUUAAAUGUUUUUUAGUCAGCGUUAGCUCGAGUUCUGCUGCAGUUGAAGCAUAUUCAGGUUAGGUUUGGUAUAGAUGUGUGUGCUUUGUGGAACAGCAGCUUCCAAGCUAAUAUAGAUUCCUGGAUGCUCAACUUUACCUGCUGUUUUGCACUGUUUUUAUUCUACAAGUGUUUUUAGAUGAAACAAGGAGGCAUGGAUACUCACUUUGCUUUUGUUUUUGUUUUUUUGUGCAUUUCUGUUCUGAUCAUAAACUCGUGUGUCAUUUUUACUUGUACUUUAUAAAUGUUUGAUGAUAUAAUUUUUUGCUUUUGGACAUGAACACUACAGGCUAUUGAUUUUUAUCACAUUUGGAUGCUAACUGAAGAAAAUGAUUCUAUCUAGUAGGGCUGGGUUGAUUAAAAUCGACUAAUCAAUCUGAGCUUAAUAGAUUAAUAAUCAAGCCAUAAAAAUACAAAUUGAUUUAGCAGAUGAAGCUAAAGUCCAGUAUCUUGAUGCUAACAUUUAAUGGAAUUUUCCAUAGGAUAGCUAAUGCUAACGCUCCGUCAACCUAAACAUACAUUGCUGA